AUGCUAAGUCGGUCGCUGUUUUCUUUGGGCAGGACUUUAAGGAUGAACCUGCGACCGCGACGUGGGUCUAAGAAGGGUCUUUUGGUUCGCGGUAUUCUGGUUUCUGUGUUUCUUUUGGCAUUGUAUUCACACCUGCCGCUUUACGGCGUGAAGGACUUGGGAAACCAACUGGACUGGCUGCUGUCCGACUUGUCGAGUCACGAUGGUGAGCCACUAGAGCCUUUACACAACAUAUCUGCUCUUUAUCACAAAUUCAGGUACGAUACGACCAUGAGUUUUGUCGACGAGUAUCGACUGCCAUCACAUCUGCUGACACCACAAGUUGGCGCUGGUCGCGAACAGAAAUGGGAGUCGAUAGACGAGGUGCAAUUCUACGACGCAGAUCCAAGACUGAUCAUGAGUGUGUACUCUGGAAUCUGGAGCGGUAAAAAUCCUGAGGGCUACGGCGAUGCAGAUAAGCCAAUUCCCUUUUCGUGGUAUGAUUGGGCCGAUUUCCAUAACUUCAACAAAUUGAUAGCUCUCCAAGAGACGCGAGUCAAUUGCAGUUUUUUCUUUGAACCGGUCAUUUCUAAAGAUCUUUUGAAUAGCGUCGAGCAGGAGCUAGAUGAACGUCUUUUCGACUACAAAAGAGGGGACUACGACGAUGAGAUUGGCCCCAUUGCCCCAGACAAAGCAGUCUUUGAGAACCUCACUAAUUAUUGCAUCGAAGACGCUUCGGCGGGGGACUCGUUGCCACGAAAAUUUUCUCCAGGCGUUGCCGUCACUGCUUUACGCGAGUCGGUGCGAACGGAGGUAUAUGCGUUUCAGGCUCGUGGCCAUCUUUUGAAUGCACUCGCAAACCCAUUGUCACUUACGGUCCUCAGUUCUGAUUCGGAUGCGUAUCGCUUCUUCGUGACUCAAGAUUCGAAACAGAACAUUAUAGAGUCAGGUCUUCUUGAGAAAUACUUGAACUCAUAUCCGCGAGAUAAAAAGAACGCUCUCGAUCAUAUCGCUAGGUUCACAGAUUUUGUUUCGUCGCCGCUGGCCGAGUCGAAACGUGUGGACAUCGAAGAGCUUGAUUCAGAUGAAAAGAAUGCCUAUGAAAAGGAUUUAAUACAUUUGAAAGAGUCUGAUUUUGAAUUUGAUGCGUUGGCCAAAAUUGAGGAAUUAGAGGCGAAGCCCAAUCUGAAUCCACAUGAGCUGAACUAUUUGCAAAGUUUGAAAUUUACAACUCAGACGCAUUGGGCAUUUGCUCCAAAGCAUUUCCGAGAAGUCGACGAUGUCAAAGGGUUUGCCUCCCUUGGAAGGCAUCAUGACCGCAGAUUUUUUAACGGAGCUGUAAUACAAAACGUACAUGAGGCCCAAAUACGGUUGAACUCUUUGAUCAGAAACUUUCAGAAAUUUGCGAAGGCCAACGGCUUGAUUUCUUGGUUAGCUCACGGGACCUUAUAUGGCUACCUCUACAAUGGCCAAAUGUUUCCUUGGGACAAUGACUUUGACGUGCAGAUGCCUAUUAGACACCUGAAUUUGAUGGCACAGUAUUUCAAUCAAACUCUUGUUGUUGAGGACCCUGCUGAGGGCAAUGGCCGUUUUCUGCUAGACAUAACAAGUUCAAUCACAGUGAGAAUAAAUGGUAAUGGAAACAACAAUAUUGAUGCUAGAUUCAUUGAUCUUGACUCGGGUCUUUACAUCGAUAUUACCGGAUUGAGCGUCUCGUCUGCAAUGGUUUCAAAGAAGCUCAACGUGUAUUUUAGUGAACAUGAAGACGAGUUCAGAUCCGAAAUACGGCAUAGGGACCCAAAUUUGGUCAAGGAUUUGACGGACCUCUCAUUGCAGUCACUUCGCAGCGAGGUUAUCAAUACCGGAGGUGAGUCGUCAUGGGAAAGUCAACAAGUUGAUUCCCUCAUAAAGGCUUCCCAAAGAACGCUUGUGACCUCAGAAUCUGCCUCCAAAGCAUAUUCAGAGGAACAGCGCUAUAGUUUAAACCACGAUUUGAAGCUUUACAACUGCAGAAACACCCAUUUCUACACAUUUGAGAUGUUGUCACCUUUAAUCAACACAAAAUUUCACUCAGUCACCGCGUUGGUUCCUCGGAGGUACAUUCAGGUUCUGAGAAAUGAGUAUAUGGUUCCACGAAAAUAUGGUUUCAUGGCUUACCACAGGAAUGCAUUCAUCCCAGAACUUCGCUUUUGGGUCAACAGCGCUAUUUUGAAAGGCGUCAUGAACAAAAGGGCCUCAAGUUUAGAGCUUGAAGUAAUAGAUUCUCCAGUCAAUAGUCUGAAACUCGACGAAGUGGGGAAAUUUUACAGGAAUCUAGCUCGUAGUGGGCAAUCUGAGGUACUAUCUGCUCUUUACAAUUCGCGCGAACUGAGCACCUAUCGGCUCAAAGAGAUAGACCUUCAAUUCAAUGAUGAACUGGGGAGUGAUGAAAACGUCAAACUUCUGGGAGCGCUAAGAAACUCAAUUGGGACUAACAUAUCAUCGAGCUUCAAGGAUCCCUAUCUGCACUUCACAGAAAAACGACGACUGGAAGCUCUUCUGAAGGACAGUGAGAAAAAUGAAGCCAAAAUAAUCGAUGAACACAUCGCAAAUGAGAUGAAUUUGUGGGCCGAAGCCUUACAUGAUCAAGUGCUACCUUACUACCGGUGUUCACCACAUGGCCAAGACGAUCAGUUAGAUUUCAAUCAUCAAGGUGCGCCUAUUUCCAUAAAUGGCAACCCAAAAAGGAACAAUGUUUUUGCUAAAGAUCCGCUAUGA